UUUGAGCGCAAGGGGUAUACAUCGGUAGACUCAGUACUUAGAUAAAUAACUGUAAAGUCUCAGCACUGGUUUGUUAGUGAGAAGGUAGAUUCGGCAACGUUGUAGGAGAGACUAUGAGGUCACUUUUCAAAGUUAUAUCACUAGUAAUAAUUUUCCAUGUGGUGGAGUGURUGGCGAUGCAGGGUGUGUCGGCUGAUAAGGACUCGAAAGACAUCCAAAUCAAAGGUGAUAUGGAGUUUCUAUCGGAGUGGAGUCCAUGGAGUAAGUGCUCUCGAACGUGUGGUACAGGAAUUCAGUUCAGAGGACGGAARUGUUACAGAAACAGAAGGGCAUGUCGGAUACCUCGACAGUACAGAACAUGCAACAAUGAGCUAUGUCCCUUAAACGCCAUUGAUUUUCGUGACGUCCAGUGCUCGAGGGAAAAUUCUAGAAAUAUAACUAUGAAAGGAAAGAAAGUCAAAUUUAAGUCUAUAUUCAGAGGAAUGUAUCAGUGUGCCUUGUUUUGUCACCCAGUUGGUUUCCGUACUGCAAUGUGGUUUGGUAAAGUUCAGGACGGCACCAUGUGUGCAAGCAAGCCUUACAGYGUUUGUGUGGCUGGUGAAUGUAAGCCAAUAGGAUGUGAUCGAAUAAUUGGGAGUCAGCGGACAUUGGAUAAAUGUCAAGUCUGUGGUGGUAACGGCUCGUCUUGUGAACCUUUUUCUGGAAUGGUAGACAGGAAGCCCACUCCAGAGGAGAAAACAAUAGGCUUUGCGCUUCUUUACAUCAUACCAGCCCAUGCCACAGCUAUUCUCAUCAACGAACCAUCGACAAACUAUAUCGCAAUCAAGAGGCAARCAGGCGAAUAUGUUUUCAAUGGUGGUACAAAGGUGUCAUCGCCCGGCAAGUAUCGUAUUGGCAGGACUGACUUCAAAUAUUCCCGUCUUCCUGAUGAAUUCGCCCGCGAAGCGGUUAUGAUCAUGGGACCCACAACAGAGCCGUAUCAUGUCAUGGCUCGACUCAGUGGAGGUGAUAAUGUGAAAUCGGACUACGAGUAUUGGCUCCCAAAGAUAAUCCCAACCUCAAAACCUUCUACAGAACAUCACGCAACAUCGUCCACACUUACCACACAAAUAACCUCUACAGUGCAAUCAACUGAUGAAUCUACAAGACUAUCAACUACAGUGCAGCCUACGACAACAAAACUAUCAGCUUCACAACAAACAUCCAUAUUAGAAAUAUCUGCAACGCAGUCAAGUAAAGAUACAACUGUGCCAACUACAGAACAACCUACUACAAUAGAUAUGCCUUUAACUCACCGAACAAUUACAUCGAGAAAUAGUACAGCAAAGUCUUCAAAUGAACCCACAAGGUCAACUACUAUAGCAGGAGCAUCAUCCACAGAGAGUACUACAUCGGAAACAACUACAAAACAGUUGUUAGGAAAACGUCCAACAUUAUCAACAGCGCAACAGAAUAGUACAACUUUGACGCCAUCUAAUAAAUCUGAAACUGCUGCUACUAAUACGAGUGAAUCUAAUACAACAUCAACUACAUUUGCACAGCCUACGACGGCUGMGCACCCGGCGACGAUAUCAAGGACUGAUGAUAAUGUAUUAGACAUUCAUUUUGGUAAUGGUAUUUCAGCAUCAUCACAACCAACAACACCAAACCCCGCGACGAUACMAACUACUUCUAAAUCCAACGACGUGUUGUUUGGACAUCAAGAAGCUACUGUUUCUACAACACAUGAGAGUGUCACGCAAGGGGCAGUUGCAAGCGAUCAUGGUAGUCAUAGAAGCACGUCUAAUUCAACAGUGAAUGAUGUCUCUACCACGCAAUCAGCGACACUUGCAAGAACCAUUAAAAAGAAUGGUGUGCUUGACAGUUAUAUUGGRAGUGUGACAAGCACUGUCUCUUCUGAUGUAACGCAGUCCAACACAAAGAGAAGUACACUUGAAAAACAACGUGUUAUUAAUGCUCACGAUGGGAGCGUGACAAGCACUGUCGCUUCUUCCGUCACACAGUCCACCACAAUGGGAACUACUUUUGAAAAAAAAGGUGUUCUUAAUGGUCACGAGGAGAUCGUGACAAGCACUKUCACUUCUCCCGUAACGCAGUCCACAAAACUGGCAAGUACAAUAGGAAAAGACGGUAUACUUAAUGGUCACGACGGAGGCGUGACUACCAAUGUACCAGCGACAAAAGCACAUACAACAGCUGAAAAUUUAUCUAAAACUAAAUAUCUGGAAAUGUCAACUGAAAUGAUUGUACCUACAGUGGUAUUGAAUGGAAGUGUGAUCAGUGAGAAUAAUGAUACAAAUUCCAGUUUAAAAACAACUAACGCUGUAACGAUGACUUUGACAACUCUUGUAAAACCCUCAGCAGGGCCAACUCCAACAAAUGAACUGAUAGUUAAUGGACAUGAUGGGAAAACCGAUGAUGCAUCAGGAACUGUCAAAAGCCCUACAACAAUGGCAAGUCCGUCUUGGAAAAGUCAUGCCACUUCAGAUGGMAGCACCAGUGCUGGAAACAUCACCACAGAUAGARCUCAUCUCAGGGAMGCAAACAAAAAGUCUGUUAACAYCAACAAUGUAAAURCAACAUCAAUGCCAACCAAAAGUGCAGAAAAUUGGAAUACAACAAGUAAACACAACUUUAACCAGAAUGGGACCGUUAGUCCAAACAAAAAUGAACUUACCCYAACAGAGAUGGGAGACCUAARCACAACGAUACAACRUACAACAGACCAUAGAUUCAAGGAUUCGAUAGAAAAURCAACGGUUAAUGGGACAGCUCGUCCGAUAAAGAAUGACGAUAGCUCAAAAGAAAUAUCACCAUCUMCGUCAACUCCAAAAACARUAAAAUUAAAUGUAAACGCAACAGAUUAUCAAACAGGAAAGCAUGAAAAUGCAACUGGGGAGCUACCUAAAACGACGAGGCCAACUUCCAUUUAUAAGCAAAGAACAGUCCACCAAAAUACAAGUGAUAAUAUCUUAAAUACAACUGGCAUUCCAAUGACAUCAACGAGUUCUUCUUCAAAGACGAAUUUUUCAAGUAYCAAUGAAACAGCAAGACCAGAGACUAGUGGAAAUGUGAAUGCAACAAAGAUAUCGUCUGAAAAGACACMUUUACCAUUGACAGAAACAUUAAAUGCUACUUUUAGACCAACUACUGCUCCACAUCAUGACGCACAUAGUGGACCUGAAGGAACUGAAAAUCUAAAUGCGGCGACGCAAAAUGGCACCAGAGAGCUUCUUAGAACAACAUUGGAAUCGUCAACAAUAACGCCUUUGCCAUCGGCAUUGAACGCUACAACAACUAACGUGACAAAUGUAACUGCAAUUGCUUCGGCACAAAAUGUCACGACCGAUCUUUUAAGAACGACAAUGCAAUCGUCUACAACAGCACAUUCGAUGUCGUCAGAGAAAUUGAACGUCUCAACUAUACCAACAGAACCUUCCAACACAAAUGGAACUGUCAAUGCUUCGACAAAAAAUGACACGAMAGAAUUUUCAAGAACGACAAUGAAAUCGUCCACAAUGGCACAUUCGCCAUCGACAUGGAAAUUGAACGUUACAUCAAUGCCAACUUCUUCGACGCACCAGAAACUAACAGAUCUUCCCAAAACAAGUGAAACCCUCAUUGCGUGGACGCAAAAUGAGACAAGAGGGAUUUUAAAUACGACAAUGGAAUUGCCUAUAAAUGAAAAUUGGACG